AUGGAGGAGGUGGCGGGCUGCCCGGUGCGUCGGCUGCCGUGUGUCCGGAAGGCGUUGGCCUUCGGUAGCUUUGGCUUGGCGUUGGUGGUGUUCUACUUGCUCUGCAGACUGCACUGCGCGCUGCACAAGCCGCUCGAGUCCACCGCGGCUGACUCAGAGGGCGCUGGGGGCUUCACGAAGCUGGGGACUUCCGGGGGCCUCCGAGGACCCAACGGCCGGAGCGUCUGCUCUGCUGAGAGCCCCAGGCUCCCCCCCGGGGGGCCUUUUCUGUUCUCUGGUCUUGUCUUCCAGUGGGACAUAGCUGAAGUGCAGCUGAAUCACACAGGGCUCCGUCAGGACCCCAGACUGCACUGGAAGGGCGGCCCCGCGCUGGGCCGCUCCUUUCUGCACGGACCGGAGCUGGAUAAUGGGCAGCUACGCGUCCGUCGAGACGGUAUCUACAGGCUGCAUAUCCAGGUGACGCUGAUGAACUGCUCCUCCACGUGGGCCUCCGUGCCCCAAGGGGCCACCCUGGCCGUGGGCAUCUGCUCCCCGGCCACCCACGCCAUCAGCUUGCUGCGCCUCCACUUCCAGCAGAGCUGCACCGUCGCCUCCCAGCGCCUGACGCCCCUGGCGCACGGGGACACCCUCUGCGCGGACCUCACCCAAACGCUGCUGCCUUCCCCAAACACCGAUGAGACAUUCUUUGGCAUUCAGUGGGUGCACCCCUGACCCCGGCUCCUGGGUUGUCUGUUUCUAUUUUUCUGUGAAAAAAAAAAAAAUGGGGGUGGUUGGGCUCCCCUUGCUGUGCUAUAGAGAAAGGAAGAAGAUGGGAAGACACAGAGGGACUUAUUAAUCUAAAGGACGCACGGUGUCAGUCGUCUGGGGGUCAGUAACAUCGAAGAGAUGGCGGAAACGGAGGGCUGGAAACGGAGGGCUGGAAACGGUCAGGAACGUUGACGAUUCUAGUAGGAGGAAGUUAAACCCAUGGUCAGAAGGGGCACCAUUUUGCUCUUUGUAUUAUGGUUUUGUUUCCGAGAUUUUUGCUACAGGGUGUGUGUGCUCACGGGAGAGACAGAAUGUGAGAAACCAUUCAGGACUGAGUAAUAUUCCCUUGCAAGAGCGGGCGUGUAUAUAUAGUUUUAGAAAACACAGAGGGGUUCCUUUGGCCACAUAUGUACGAGUCUACAAGAACGGGGAUAUGGUAGACACUGAGGAAAUGGGUAUGUUCAAAAAGGAGUGCCCCACAAAUGUGAGCAUGACCCUGUAGAAAAGUCUACAAUGUUACCCAGCAGGCUGCUGGCAUUGUUGUGAACAAACAAGUUAAGGGCAAGAUUCUUGCCGAGAGAAUUAAUGUGCUAUUGAGCAUAUCAAGCAUUCUAAGAGCAGAGAUAGCUUCCUAAAGCGUGCGAAGGAAAACGAUCUGAAAAAGAAGAAAGUUAUGGAGAAAGGGACUGGGGUUCAACUGAAAUGUCACCCUGCUCCACCCAGAGAAGCCACUUUGUAAGAACCAAUGAAAAGGAGCCUGAGCUUCUGGAACCUAUUCCCUAUGAAUUCGUGGCCGUGAUGAUGUAAAAAAUAAACUAAUCUAUCAUAUAUAUACGUAUAUAAGAGCAUGGGGAUUCCUUCAUGCUACUAUGAAUCACCUAGAAGAACCACUACGUGGUUCAGGAAUUUUUCUCCUAAGUAUAUAUUUGAAGACAUAAAAUUAGGCACUUGAAGGCAUACAUAUUCUUCCACAUUAACCACAGGGUUAUUCACAAUAGCUACAAUAUGAAAAUCACCUAAGGCUGUGGUUCUAAAAAGGAUCAAGAAAAACUAUAGAUACAUGCCCAUUCUUGCAAGGGAAUAUUACUCAGUCCUGGUCAGCCGUGCAGGAGUUCAGUGACGUAACCAUUACACCAUCUGCUGGUCCCCAAAGUCCAAAUUCUUGCGUUAUGGAUAUGAAGUGUCAGUUGGCUGCAGGAUUGCCACAGUCUUCAGCCUUGCUCAGACAGUGGUUCUGUGUGUCUGGCAUUCCAAAGUGCUGUGACAGCCUCCAGGAAGGAAGGUCGGACUCACAGGUUGAUCAUUUAGAAAAAAGACAACACUAGGACCAGCAGUUAGUGUAAUGGCUAUGUCGCUGGACUCCCAUGUA